AUGGUGGCAGAUUUACAAAAUAUGAGCCCAAGGCUCUCACCGUUUAUUCUCUGGCCCAUCGUGGCCGUCUCCUUGUCAUUCCUCUACCUCUUCCUCAGCGCCAUCUACAACCUAACCCUCCACCCCCUCCGCAAGUACCCCGGCCCAAAGCUAUGGGCCGUCUCUCGCAUCCCCUACGCACUCAUGCUCCUCCGCGGCGAACCCCACAAAACCAUCCUCGAGCUCCACGCCCGCUACGGCGACACCGUUCGCGUCUCGCCCUCAGAGCUGUCCUUCCAGUCCCCCGAUGCCUGGAAGGAUAUCAUGGGACACCGAAAGGGAAAGAACGAAGAGAACGUCAAGCACCCUGACUUCACCGAGAUCAAGCACUCGGACAUCAUCUCAGCGGAUAGGGAGAACCAUGCGCGCUACCGGCGCAUCCUGUCCCACGGCUUCUCGGCAAAGAGCAUGCAGGAGCAGCAGCCCAUCAUCACCUCGUACAUCAACCUCUUGAUCGAGCGGCUUCACACCAUCUCCAGCCAGGGCCCCGUGGACGUCGUGGCCUGGUACAAUUACACCACGUUCGACAUCAUCGGUGAUCUCGCCUUUGGAGAAUCUUUCGGGUGUCUGGACAAGUCGGACUACCACCCGUGGGUGAAGAUCAUCUUCGACAGCAUCAAGGUUAUCAACAUCCUCUUCGCGCUCAAGGGGUUCAAAUGGGUCGAGCCGGUGCUGAAGAUGUUCGUACCCAAGUCCAUGACCGAGAAGCGUGAUGCGCACAAGGAGCUCGUGAGGGAGAGGGUCGAAAGGCGGAUUCAGCUGGGCACGCCGCGGCCCGACUUUGCUGAGUCCAUGCUCAAGAAGAAGGGAGACGAGUCAUUGACAAAAGACGAGCUCUACGAGAACUCCAACGUUUUGAUCGUCGCCGGCUCCGAAACCACCGCCACCGCCCUCUCCGGCGCGACAUACCUCCUAACCACGAACCCGGAGGCCCUCGAGAAGCUCACUGCGGAGGUCCGCGGCGCCUUUGCUUCCGAAAGCGACAUUGACAUCCUCAGCACCGCCAAGCUCGGGUAUCUCCAGGCCGUCCUCGAGGAGACGCUGCGCCGGUACCCGCCCGUCCCCAGUGCGCUGCCGCGCAUCACGCCGCCUGGCGGAGCCGAGGUUUGCGGGAAAUGGAUUCCCGGUAACACGACGCUCGGCGUCUGGCAAUGGCCAAUGUACCACAACGAAAAGAACUUUACCAAGCCCUUCGAGUUCCACCCGGAGCGCUGGAUGGGCGAUCCCGAGUUCAAGGACGACCAGCUGGAAGCCAUGAAGCCUUUCCACACCGGACCCAGGAACUGCCUCGGCAUGAAGUAUGUGUUCCCCUUUCCCCCCCUCGCAUACGCCGAGAUGAGAAUGAUCCUCGCCAGAGUAAUCUGGAACUUUGACCUCCGCCUAGCGGAAGAAAGCAGGAACUGGCUCGAACAGCCCGUCCACAUCCUCUGGAACAAAUCGGCCCUCAAGGUCCACCUCACGCCGAGGAAAGACAUCUAA